AUGACCAAAGUAUCAAGAGGUACUAGACCGCUUGGGGAUGUUUCUGGUUGGGACUGGAUACUCCCCCCGGUCGAGGCCAAGCUGGACAAUCAGAUUGGAUCAAGUGGACGGUUGGAAGAAAAUCUAAGAAGGGAAACUGGAAAAGUUCUCUCCCUCUAUAAGAAGUGCAAAGGUGGAAGGAACAGAAGGGAACUGGAUAAAAGAUAUGCAGAAUUCAGUAUCCUUUCAAAAGAGCUUGAAUCUAUCUCAAAGCUCAGAGAUGAAUAUGAAGAUGUGAAUCUGGAACUUCAAGAAUGGAAAAAUAAAUGCACUGAUUUGGAGUUGCAGAAAAAAACACUUUUGGAAGAGCUUAAGCAAGUUCAACAAACAAAUUGUGAAGAAAUUGAAGUUUUAGAAGCACUAAAUGAAGAACUCAAAGCUUAUGCACUGGCAUUAGAGGAAGGGGAUGAAAAAUUGUGUUGUUCUUCAAAAAAGAUUUCUGAGAACUUUACCCGUGAAUAUCGACAAGUGGAAAAUAAAAGUUGUGUUCAUAUCCAGAAGCAUCUCAUCUAUCUGACCUAUCUGAAUUACAACACAGAGGAAGAGAACCAUAGGCUUGAACAAGUAUUGUUUCUACUAGACAAAUUUUGUGUAAGUGAUGAAUGCUAUCAUGAACUCAGUUUCCUAACCAAUGAUAUCCUUCGAUCUUACCUCAUUAAACAAAAGAGGGACAAGCUCAAUUCUCUCUGCCACAUUGAGAGGGUGCCUGGCCCUGACCCUGGUGCUCAACGUUCCUUUUCCUUACUGCUAAAGGAGGUCAUAUCAAAGUAUUUGGAUUCACACCCAUCUUUUGAUUUCACUAAAAAUCCACUAAAAGUUAAAAUAAGUGGUGAUGGGGCAAAGAUGUCAAGAACAACCAAUUUUAUGAUUCUCUCUUUCUCAUUGCUGCAGUCUGGUGAAUACAAUGCAUCAAAAGGAAACCAUACGAUUGGAAUUGUGAAUGGACCCGAACAAUAUGAAACACUGAAAGUUUCAUACAACAGUCUAAUUAAGGAUAUUAAUGAGCAUGUGAAAGCUAAAAAAGUCACUUUGGGAGACAAAGAAAUUCCUUUAGAGUUUUUUCUUGGGGGUGAUUUGAAAUUUUUGCUGCUUUCAAUGGGUCUCAGUGGUGCCACUUCUGAUUAUGCUUGUUUGUGGUGUAUAGUUCACAAGUCUCAGAGGUGGAAUAUGAAACAUGAAUCAACAUACUACAACUCAGACACAAUGAAAAGAACAAUCAAAUCACUUAAGGAGUGGUGUACAAAAAAGAAAGAGAAUUAUUGUUGUAUCAACCCACCUUUAUUUGAGAUUGAACUAGAUCAUGUCAUUCUGGAUGAACUGCAUAUGAUGUUAAGGAUAACAGACAGGCUGACAGAAAAUUUGAUUAUUGAAGUAAUGGAAAAAGACAGCAAAGAAGAUAUGCACAAACCAAGAGGAGAAUGUAAAGGCAUAGGCCUUGAUAAGCUAAUUAAAGCAAUUAAUGACAUUGGAAUAACAUUUAAUGUGUGGGAAAAACUGAAUGCAGAUGGAAAAUCAAGUAAGCAGAAAGACUGGACAAGUUUAGUUGGCUCUGACAAAAAAAAGCUGAUGAAAUUUCUUCCUGAAAAGCUGAAAUCCAUGAAUAUACUCUUUGAUGAAACCAAGUCUGAGGUCAUAAAGCUUUGGGAAGACUUCCAUUCAUUAUACCUGCUGAUAUGCUGUGCAAAUGCUGAUGAAACUACACCAGAUUCUAUUCACCAAAAGGCCAAAGCAUGGAUAGAAUUAUUUUCCAAGCUUGGUGCGAAACGUGUUGGUUAUGGUAAUGCCAGGGUGACCCCAUACAUGCAUGCAGUUCCAUACCACAUACCCCAGUUUAUCUUAAGUCAUGGGCCAAUCAUACAGUUUUCAGGGCAAGGUGUGGAAAAAAACAACGAUGAUGCUAAGCGCAUAUACUACCAAAAGUCCAAUAAAUGGGAUGUAGCUAAGGACAUUCUGCUUUUGGAGUCUAGGCAAAAAUCUCUAGAGCACCACGAAAGAGAGAAGAGAAAAUAUGUGAAGCGAAAUGAGGAAUGGUGGAAUAGCAAAAUUUUAGACUCAAGGAAAAGAAGAAGGAACACAGAAUCAAAUUAUACUGCAACUACGAGUAACACUCUGGAUGAAUAAACAUUAUAAGUAGCAAUAACAAUGCUAUUAAUAACAACAGUACAAUAAAUUGUCAUGUAAAUAAUUUUAAAACUAUUCAACAUUUCCUUGGUGAUGUUAUAACAAUUUCUUUGUAUAUACAUAUAUUAUUCUAUUGAGUCAUAUGAAAUAACUCCUCAAUAAUGAUUUUUUUUAAAAAAUAUUAUUAAUAAAAAAUUCCGGAAGUCAUA